AAAGUUUUCCCCGUUCGUUGUUUUUCGUGCGUGAUUUUUGCGUGGUGGACUGGAAGUGGUGUGUUUGCUGUCUUAAUCGAAGAAAGAAGUAUUUUCCCGUUCGGUAAUUUCUUGGAGCUUGUUACAAAUAAUCAGAAACACUGCAAUGUCGAACCGCGGUGGCAAAAACCGUGGACGCAACAACUGGAACCACGGCGGAGGCCGCAAAUUCUACGACGGUCCCGGGAACAACAACUACUCGGAACAUGACGACCGGAUCGAACGGAAGGUGACCGAUGUGAAGCGGCGGGUCAGUUUCAAACCGUUCAGCGGAGGACGGAACAAGGGCGGAGUGAAAAUUACGGAUAUGCAGAUUCGGGCCCACCUGGAAGACGAUGAAGCGAUGGGAGGUGGUGCCGGAGGCGGAAGCGAUGGUUUCGAUGGAGAUCGUAGGGGUUUUAAGAAGGGAUUCCGAGGACGACGAAGAGGAUCACCUGUGCCGCGAACUGGCCAACAGGUGUUCCGGAAGAAGCUGAUAGCCGGUCCGACCAGUUGGUACGAGGUGAAAAUUCCCUAUGGGCACAAGUACGAGAAGGAGUUCAUUCUGCGCUCGCUGGUUAAUGCCAUAAGCCCGCUGAUAUUUAUCCCCCAGUAUUGGAAGGUGGAGGAUACAGCAGUCAGUUUCUACAUUGAGGACUUCCAAGCGGCGGAAGCGCUUCAAAAGAUCGAUCGAACAAUCGGUCUGCCCGAUGGGCGGAAGAUGAUCGUUAUUGUGCGCAAUUCCAACCCACAGUACCAGGUGAACGCCCAGCUGAAAGAGCGCAUGAAGCUGGCCAUGGUGAAGCGGUACAAUCCGGCCACCCGGGCGCUUAAUCUGGAGAAGUUCCACACGGAUCCGGAUCUUAGCGAUAUAUUCUGUGCGCUGUUCCGGCCACAAAUUAUGCUGGCCGCGUUUGAUGUGAUUAAGGAUAACAUUCCGGACCUGGAGGCGCUCAAUUUGAAUGACAACAAGCUGCUCAUACUGGACCAUUUCCGGACGUUGGCGCAGAAGGUGCCAAAUCUGAAGAUUCUGCACAUGGCAAAUAAUAAGAUCCCGUACGUCACCUCGCUGGACUGCCUGAAGGCGCUAUCCCUGGUGGAGAUCAACCUGGAGGGCAACCCGCUGAAGGACCGCAUCAAGGACCAAACCGUCUACAUCAGUGAGGUUCGGAAGCGUCUGCCCAAGAUCAUCAAGUUGGACAACAUGGAUCUCCCGCCCCCAAUCGGCUUCGACGUCCCGGAGGACAACCACAAACUGCCCUCGGCCAAGGCAUCCUUCCUGUGCGAUACGGCCGGGGCCGACAUUGUCCGUCAAUUCCUCGAACAGUACUUCAUGAUCUACGACUCGGACAAUCGGCAACCGCUGCUGGAGGCGUACCACGAGCAUGCCAUGAUCUCCAUGACCGUUUUCAACAGCCCCAGCCAGGGCAGCCAACAGCGGUUGCAGAGCUACCUGAACUACAACCGGAACUUGAACACCAAGCGCGAUCUGGACACGCGGUGUCGAUUCCUCAAGAUGGGCAGGCUGCCGGUGGUUUCGUUCCUGUCCGAGCUGCCGAACACCAAGCAUGACCCCAUGACGUUCGUCGUCGAUCUGACGCUGUUCACCCCCCAGCUCAUUCUGCUGACCGUGACGGGUGUCUUCAAGGAGCGCAAAGUGGCCGUCAUCAACGAGCCGUACCGAUCGUUCCAGCGCUCACUUGUGAUCGUUCCCUCCGGCAGUGGAUUCUGCAUCCGCAACGAGAUGAUCCACAUCAACAACGCCACCCGGAUACAGGAGGAGAAAGCCUUCAAGGAUCCGGCCUCGAAUGGAUUCCAGGCAACGGCUGCAGCGACCACAGCAGUGCCCCCAGUGGCGGUGGCCCCAAUUCCUCCGGUCGUUGCCGUUCCCCCGGUGGUCGUGGGUGGCCCCGACGAUAACACCAAACUGCAGAUGGUCCAGGCGAUGGCCGCCCACAGCAACAUGAACCUCGAAUGGAGCCGGAAGUGUCUGGAGGAAACGAACUGGGACUUUGAGCGAGCUGGGUUCGCCUUUACCGAGCUGCACAAGCAGAACCGGAUACCACCGGAGGCGUUCGUGAAGCAGUGAGGUCCCGCAGCGACGACGGCGCGCUGGAACCGCGGAUGGUGCCCCAAUUCCCGGGGAUUCUAGGUUAAGUUUGAAGGGGGGGUUUAUCACGGGGUAAUGCUUUUGGGAGAACGAUUAAAGUUGGUUAAAUGACAUGGAAGAUUAUGACUAUAUAAUACAAGAAAUAGAUGUUAGAUCAUUACUUAUUCUUAUCCUAUUUUUACUUAAACUUACUCUUACUUCAAUGGCCAAAUUAAUCCUUCUCCCAAAUGCGUCUUAACUGUAUAUUUAUUAGUAGGUAAGUUCAAGCAGGUCAAUACUGCUAGGGAAAGUAUCAUCAAAUGAACAUCGUGAUCAUUUCAAACUAAUAAUAAAAACAGCCAUUGACUAUUGCUCCUACUGAUCACCAACUUUAGAAUAAUUAUUGAAUGAAUGGAUGAAAAUAGCGAUCGUGACAAAAUUUUAUGACCAUAGCUUGAGUUCCGUUUCUUUUACAAAAUACAGUCUGAAACAAAAUGCUUUGAAAUAGCAACCAUCAGCUACAGAUUUUUUAGCAAAUUAUCCAACGAAAAAUGUGUCCUUUUAUUAGCUUUUAAGUUCUCGUGUAAACCAUAAAUCUAGAGCGUGAGACUCCGAUUGUAAAUGUUUAGCUCCUAACAAAAAGAUUAUAUUUU